ACUGUCAAUUUAAAGAAACGUGUGUGUGUGUGUGUGUGUGUGUGUGUGUGUGUGUGUGAUAGUAUAGAGAAAAUUUGUGUUUGAUCGUAGAUUGAGUCACGUGAUGGAGAAGAGAUCCACCGUUCGCAGUUUAGGUAGUUUUGAUUGUGAUAUUAAUAAUUAAGUUUUGUAUUUAUUAAGAUUUUUAACAAAGACAUGGAUAUCCAAAAUAUUAAAGAAGAAAUUGAUAUCCAAAUUGUUAAAGAAGAAAUAGAUAUUCACAAUGAUAUUUUGUCGAAUAUCGAUAUGAAACAAGAAUUAAUUGACGAAGUAUCUACGAUAAAAAUUGAAAAUACAAAUGAACAUAUAAAUGGAAUUUAUUCAAUCAAACAAGAAGUAAAUGAAGACCAGAAUAGAACUAAAAUAUUUGAUAACCGUUUCGAUGUAGCCAGUAAAACAAAAAGGAAUAUGCUCAGUUCUCAUAUCUUAAGAAACAAACUGGGAUAUUUAAAAGUUGACGGUGGAAAGCGAUCUAAGUCGAGAGUUACAGGGCAGAUGAGAAAUUUACAACCAAAUGCUAUGGGGUUAAAGAUAUGUAUAUAUUGUGGGAAAUUAUACACACAACAAGUGGAAAUGUUAAGGCACUCAGCAAUACAUUAUUGUAUAAAACGAAAAAAAUUAUAUAAAAUAAAACUAAACCAUAAAAAUAAAAGUGAUACCUGCAUUAUGGAAAAUCAUGAUAUAAAAGAUGAAAUUGAGGUAGUUGAACAUGAAUUUAAAGUGGAGUUGCAGGAAACCAAAAAUCAGUUAAAUACUACUGAUAAUUUAAAUUUAAAUAUGGAUUUGAAUACUUACUCCGGAACAAAACCAUUUAAAUGUGAUAUUUGCUUGAAAACAUUUUUAAGGAAAACUAAUUUGAAAACACAUUUGCGUAUCCAUACAGGAGAAAAGCCAUUUAAAUGUGAUAUUUGCUUGAAAAAAUUUUUAAGAAAAACGAAUUUGAAGUCACAUUUGCGUAUCCAUACAGGAGAAAAGCCGUUCAAAUGUGAUAUUUGCUUGAGAACUUUCUUUCUUAAAUCUAACUUGAAAAGACAUUUACGUUGUCACACAGGAGAAAAGCCAUUCAAAUGUGAAGUUUGCUUAAAAAGAUUUUCACAGAAACAUAAUUUUGAUACCCAUAUGCGUAGUCAUACUGGAGAAAAGCCAUGCUGUGACAUUUGUUUGAAAUCUUUUACAUGUACAGAUAAUUUGAAGAAACAUUUGCUUAUUCAUACAGGAGAAAAAACAUUUAAAUGUGAUAUUUGCUUGAAAACAUUUUUAAGAAAAACUAAUUUGAAGACACAUUUGCGGAGCCAUACAGGAGAAAAACCAUUCAAAUGUGACAUUUGUUUGAAAACUUUCUUACUUAAAUCUAAUUUGAAUAGACAUUUACGUUGUCACACAGGAGAAAAGCCAUUCAAAUGUGACAUUUGUUUGAAAAAAUUUUCUCAGAAACGUUAUUUUGAUACACAUUUGCGUAGUCAUACAGGAGAGAAGCCAUGCUGUGACAUUUGUUUGAAAACUUUUACAAGUACAGAUAAUUUGAAGAAACAUUCGCGUAUUCAUACAGGAGAAAAACCAUUUAAAUGUGAUAUUUGCUCGAAAACUUUUUUAAGAAAAACUAAUUUGAAUACACAUUUGCGGAGCCAUACAGGAGAAAAACCAUUCAAAUGUGACAUUUGUCUGAAUUCAUUUCGAUAUGCAAAUAAUUUGAAGAGACAUUUGCGCAUUCAUACAGAAGACGAAACAUUUAAAUGUGAUAUUUGUUUGAAAACAUUUUUAAGAAAAACCAAUUUGAAUACACAUUUGCUUAUCCAUACAGGAGAAAAGCCAUUCAAAUGUGACAUUUGUUUGAAAACUUUUACACAAAUAAGUAGUUUAAAUAGACAUUUGCUUAGUCAUACAGAAGAAAAACCAUUUAAAUGUGAUAUGUGUUUAAAAACUUUUACACAGAUAAGUAGUUUGAGGAGACAUUUGCGUAGUCACGCAGAAGAAAAUUGAAAUUGUACUGAAAGAAAAUAUAUUUAAACAGAGUUUGCUAUAAUGGAAGGAGAUCAAGAUGUGGAAGUUAAAUUACAAAGUUGUAGGCAUUUUUAUUGCCUACAACUUUUGUUUUUACACUUUUUCCACAUAACCUCAAAAUUCAAAUAAACAAGUUUCUGCUCAUUGAUUAUUAUCUUGAAAAAAAUAUAUAAAAAGACUUUGAUUCUGUUAGAUCACUCGCGACUAAUGAAAGGGUUAAAAAAAUUUCGGUUUCACGUGAGAAGUUUAGACUUAAACUCACCCCCUUUUCCUUUCAGACCUCAGAUCGCCAGUAAAUUAUUUUUCCUUUCAUUUUUAUCAUAUUCUCCUCCUUUUGCGAUCGGUUUCAUCCUACUUUUAUUUUGUUUUGUUACAAAAAUUGAAUUUAGCAUUACCGAUUUAUACACUCAGAUACUCCAAACAGUUUUGGGGAUGAUCUGUGUUUGAAAAUGUCCGAAAUGAGCGAAAUUCAUUCUAAUGAUGCAGGUAUCAUAAUAUUGUACAGCCGUGUAUUAAAAUCGUGGAGAUAGAUCCGCGUUUUCCGGUAAAAGUAGAAAAAAAUAAGGACUGUUACGUUCCUUGGGCCGGCCCUGUCCAUUUACUAUGGAAUUUUAAAAAAAUCGGUGAAUCAUGCGGCGUAUAUUUUUUGUAUAUAAUAUAUUUCUUCUAAAUAAUUUCUAGGAAAGUCUAUUUAUUUAUUUAUUUUGUUCUAGAAGUUUAUAGAUUUUUAUUUGUGAUAUAUAGUUAAUUUAACGCAGUAAGUUCAAUUUUAAAUAAAUAGUCGUUUGAAUUAGUAAAAAGUAAUUAUUUAUGUGAUAUAUAUAAGUAAAUUAUUGUGUCAAGUGUAUGAUAUAAUGUGUAAAUAAAUUAAGUACGCAAGA